UAACAAGAGGCAGCAGAGACAGUCAGCUGUAGGCCGAACCGAAUAAGAGUAGUCGUGUGCCUGGAGGCUGGAACGAAGAACGAACUGCAUGUGAGCCCUGCCCUGCUUCUGCUGCGGGUAUUAUGCUAUAUAUGUUCCCAAUUUCGUUGCUUUUGUGAGUUUAUUUUAAUCGCCCAUCCAGUUUCGCAUUAGUCAGAUUGGUGGCCUCAAGAAGGUCGUCGCUGAUCCACCAUGACUUCUUCAACAACACAAACAUCUCCAGAUUCCCUAAACCCUCGAGAUGUUUACGUAGUUGGAGUUGCACGGACGCCCAUGGGUGGCUUCCUGGGUUCCCUUUCAUCUAUUUCGGCUACCCAACUUGGUUCUAUAGCUAUUCAAAGUGCUCUUCAAAGGGCAAAGGUUGAUCCUUCACUGGUGCAAGAGGUUUUCUUUGGAAACGUUCUUGGUUCAAAUUUAGGUCAAGCUCCUGCUAGACAGGCUGCAUUAGGUGCAGGUAUUCCUAAUACAGUAAUUUGUACCACCAUCAACAAAGUCUGUUCAUCAGGAAUGAAAGCAACAAUGAUUGCAGCACAGACAAUCCAACUUGGAGUCAAUGAUGUUGUUGUGGCUGGUGGCAUGGAAAGCAUGUCUAAUGUGCCUAAAUACCUAGUUCAAGCAAGAAUGGGUUCUCGGGUAGGACAUGACAUUAUAAUUGAUGGGAUGGUGAAAGAUGGAUUGUGGGAUGUGUACAAUGACAUUGGAAUGGGUGUAUGUGCAGAGUUAUGUGCUGAUAGACAUACCAUUACAAGAGAAGAGCAGGAUGCCUAUGCGAUUCAAAGCUUUAAUCGUGGAAUUGCUGCUCAAAGAAUUGGUGCCUUUUCGUGGGAAAUAGUUCCAGUAACAGUAUCUGCGGGAGGAGGAAAGCAAGCUAAAAUCAUCGAUAAAGAUGAAGGUUUAGGGAAGUUUGAUGCUGCAAAGUUAAGGAACCUUCAACCAAGUUUCAGGAAGAAUGGGGGCUCAGUUACAGCCGGCAAUGCUUCUAUCAUAAGUGAUGGUGCGGCUGCAUUAGUGUUAGUCAGUGGUGAGAAGGCACUUCAACUUGGAUUACAAGUGAUUGCAAAAAUAAGAGGGUAUGCUGAUGCAGCUCAGGCACCCGAGUUAUUUACAACUGCUCCAGCACUUGCAAUACCAAAAGCAAUCUCAAUUGCUGGCUUGGAGGCAUACCAAAUUGACUUCUAUGAAAUAAAUGAAGCUUUUUCUGUUGUGGCUCUUGCAAAUCAAAGGUUGCUUGGUCUUAGUCGUGAGAGAGUGAAUGCGCACGGUGGAGCUGUAGCCUUGGGACAUCCACUGGGAUGCAGUGGUGCUCGUAUCUUGGUAACACUGUUGGGAGUAUUGAGGCAUAAUAAGGGCAAGUUUGGGGCAGCUGGAAUCUGCAACGGGGGAGGAGGAGCUUCCGCGGUUGUUGUAGAGCUCAUGAUGCCAACUGCAAAGGCGCCGCUGCUUUUCUCCUCGAUAUGAAAGAAAUUGGAAGGAAGCAAUAGGCAUCCGUUGCAAUCGCACGCUUUACCUGCUUCCUCUUCUUCCUUUUUCUUUUUUUCUUUUUCUUUUUUUGUUUUUUUAAUCACACACACACACACA